CCUCUUUUCGCCAAUCAACCCUCCCCAUCGCAUCGGCAGGGCAUCAUCGCGACUCGCCUGCUGCCGCUCUUCCUUUUUCUUUUUCUUCGCUUCGAUCCUUUUUUCCCGUUUUAGUCAGUCUGUUUGUGCCGCUUGGCGCAUGGAAGCUGUCGACGGCCUCUUUAUCCGCCCCUCGAGCCUCAAGCUAGCUCUCCCCAGCCUCAACACCGACUCUGUGAGCCGCGGCAAUUUCGACAGGCGGCUCAAUUGCCCUUACCUCACGAGUAUACUCCCAUCGACGACGGUACAACUGAGGUCAGAUACUCGCCUACACUACCAACCUUGUCUGCCUUUGAGACGGCACUUCAUCUAUGGGAAGAACAAAACGGCAUCUCCAGACAUGGCCAUCGAAGUUUAUGCGAGCCUUCCAUUACUUACGCUUCGCCAACGUACUGUCGACCUUAACCCAGAUGUUUUACCAACCAGAGGCAAGUUGAAGGAAGAUGUCUUAGUGUUCGAUGUGAAAACCAUUCUUCGGGUUUUUCUCAGUUCGCCGAUCAAUCGAAAUCUUCUUUACAGAGGAAUGGCCAUUUACACUGAUGGCAAAAUUACCGAACCAUGGCAAGCAAGGUGGUGGGGAGAGUCAAUACGAACAACAUCAGGUCACUGUAUUCGCGACAGUACAGGAGAACCAAUCUGGCCAUCGGAUUUUGUCACUUGGUCUGCUACAGAUGCUGGUAGCGCUGACAUUUAAUACGGGCGAGUGAUUUGGUGUGGCCUGGACCAUACUUCAGAGGCAAGACAAAAUAAUUACCUUGGGAGACAAAUUAUUCGGAUCCAAGAAGUUUAUCCCACAACGUCAUUGCCGGAGGAUGCUAGCGAUUUCGCAACCGCUGGGGUAAGGUUUUCGCAAACGUUAGGCGACCAGGUCGAAUUUGUUGUCAUUAAUGAUGCAACCCAUCUCCUGGAACCUACACAAAUUCAAGGUCGCCUACAUAAUGUAUAUCUUGAUUACAACUUCGAUCCUACAGGCAGUAUUUCUCCUCUUUCGCAAAGGUAUACGGUUCGAUAUUUCUACACGCGAUCUUUAAACAAAUAUCGGCCUGUGAAGCUC